UUGCUAACUUUGAUGAAGUAGCUUGCUAGGUGGCUAUCUAGACUGCAUAGCCACCGAUACACGUCAGUAACAUUACAGUGAAACAACAUCAGCUGAUUUUAUCCGUUAGCAAGUUAACGUUUUAUUACAGUUCAUUUCUUAAAUUGAUAAUGGGCUACUCUGUCGUGUUUUGUUGUUUUUCGUGUGAGUGAAAUAACUGGUACUGUUUUGCAAAAAUGGAAGAAAAGUGGACCAUUUACAGAUGGGGAAAAUGGGUCAAUUUCUCAAAAGGAAUAUAAUCAGUACUUACUGAGGCCAGACAUCUCUAAAACGUAGUCUAAUUGCUACUUUGCAAGCUAGUUAACUAUAGCUAGCUAACCGACAACUUUGGUGCUGUGCGAUACGCUGUACGUGUCAUCGCAGUUACGGAGACCAACCUAAAAACGGUGCAAGAUACCCAAGCCUGAUCUACCGCAAGGGCCAGGCCAAUGGCAGUAGCCUGCGAGUGAAGGUACCUCUCCCUGCUCCCUGUGUUCAUCCCAAACUACAGCCCCCUCCCUGCCCCUCCUCAACAUGAGCGACACCUCUCCGCUGGUCCCCGGCGGGACAGGGUCAGGCGUGACGGAGGUGGACGCCUGCGACCUGGAGAUCGAGAGGAAGUACGAGGUCAUCCCUGCCGUCAUCUGCUCCAUGUGCUGCCUGUUCGGCAUCAUCUACUGUUUCUUCGGCUACCGCUGCUUCAAGGCGGUCAUGUUCCUGUCGGGCCUGAUGUUCGGCUCGGUGGUCAUCUUCCUGCUGUGCCACAAGGAGCGCGUGCUGGACACGGAGCUGAGCGUGGAGGCGAGCGCGGGCAUCGGCCUGGGCAUCGGCGCGCUGUGCGGCCUGGUCACCAUGCUGGUGCGCAGCGUGGGCCUCUUCCUGACCGGCCUGCUGCUGGGGCUGCUGCUCGCCGUCGCCGCCCUGCUGGCCGCCAGCCCCUUCUACACGCCGGGCACGGUUUGGGUGCCGCUGGGGGCCCUGCUGGGCGCGGGGACGCUGUGCGCCGUGCUGGCGCUGCAGUGGCAGCGGCUGCUCACCGUGCUCUCCACCGCCGCCUUCGGCGCCGCCAUCCUGACCGUGUGCGCCGACUACUUCGUGGAGAUGCUGGUGCUGGCGGCGCACGCCUACGACUGCCUGCGGCUGGCGCCGGGGCCGCCGCUCUGCUGGUACAGCUGGGUGAUCGCCGGCAUCUGGCCCGCCCUCAGCCUCACGGGGGUGCUGGUGCAGUGGAAGCUGACGGCCGAGGGGUACUCCCACACGGAGGUGAUCGUCAGCAGGCGGCAGAAACGUGUCCAGCUGAUGCGCAUCCGGCAGAAGGACGCCAAGAGGCGGCAGCAGGGUGGGGGCCAGGAGGGCAUCUACCGCCGCAAGCCCACGCCCAUCAAGCGUUACGCCGGAGACGUGCUGGCGCCGAGCUACCUGCAGAGCCUGCGUGAUCGUCAGAUGGGCACAGGCACCUCCCUCAGCAGCCUGGGCACCGCCAACCACACCCUGAUCGAUUUCGACUUCGAAACGGGCUCCACCGUGCCCCUCACGGCCACCACCCCCGUCGUCAGGGUCUGAGGGACGGGCCGCGCCCCCUCCCCACCCCCAGCGCCGACCGUUUCAUGGGCCACCACUAAACUUCCUGUAACCCCCCAACCUCAUUCAA